CCGGGAAGGCAGGAUGAAAACUGGAAGCUGAGCUACCACUUCCCAUUCCAGCUCCCAGAACAAGAAUGCGCUGCUCUGAUUGGCCCGUUAGGCUCAGGAGCUGUUCGUCCUUUGGGCUCCAGGCCGAGGGCCGCACUUUCCCAGCGGCUUGGGGCUUCCGCUGCGCCCCCGCCCCGCCGCCGCCGGUGCCCUUCAACCCGGGAGUUUCCUCUGCACCCCGCGUCUCCGACCAUGGGCUCCGCAGGCUCCUCGACGCUGGCCCGCUUCGGCUUCCCGGUGCAACCUCGGCCAUGGUUCAGCGUCGCUGCCCUGGGUCUGGCCGCGGUGGCGCUGGGGGCUGUCGCCUGGCGCCGCGCGCGACCCAGGAGGCGUCGACCGCAGCAGCAAGUGGGCACCGUGACGCAGCUCUGGAUCUAUCCGUUCAAGUCCUGCAGAGGGAUGUCGGUGAGCGAGGCGGAAUGCACAGCCAUGGGGCUGCGCUGCGGUGACCUGCGGGACAGGUUUUGGCUUGUGAUCAAUGAGAAUGGGAACAUGGUUACUGCUCGACAGGAACCUCGUUUAGUCCUGAUUUCCCUGACCUGUGACCGUGAUACCCUGACACUGCAUGCAGACUCCAUGAAGGACCUGCUGCUGCCCAUCAAAAUACCUACCACAAAUGCCGUGCUCAAAUGCAGAGUGCAUGGCCUGGAUAUCCAGGGCAGAGACUGUGGGGAUGCCGCAGCUGAAUGGAUAACCAGCUUCCUGAAGACAAAGCCCUACCGCCUAGUGCACUUCGAGUCCCACAUGCGACCAAGAAAUUCUCACCAAGUUGAGGAACCAUUCCGACCCACAGACCAGGUUGCCUACUCAGAUGCCAGCCCUUUCUUGGUCCUUUCUGAGGCAUCCCUUGCAGACCUCAAUUCCAGGCUGGAGAAGCAUGUUAAAGCAUCUAACUUCAGGCCCAAUAUUGUAAUUUCAGGAUGUGAUGCCUUUGCAGAGGAUUCUUGGAAUGAAAUUCUUAUUGGGGAUGUGGAACUGAAAAGGGUGAUGGCUUCUUCCAGGUGCAUCUUAACCACAGUGGACCCAGACACUGGCAUCAUGAGCAGGAAGGAGCCGCUGGAAACGCUCAAGAGUUAUCGCCUGUGUGACCCUUCUGAACAAAAGCUGUAUGGAAAAUCGCCCCUCUUUGGGCAGUAUUUUGUUCUGGACAACCCAGGAACAGUCAAAGUGGGAGAUCCUGUAUACCUGCUGGGCGAGUAAUGGGAAUCAUGUGUUUUGAAAUAUCUGAUGUCUUUUAAAAAAUGGCCUGAAAAAAUGACAGCACUUGACUUAAGUAGUGCUUCAGAAAUGACAUCUCAGCAGCAUUUUCUCUGAUCUGUGAUUUCCAAGUUUUUCUUUUUUUUUUUUCUGGACUUCCUUGUGUCUCAGUGCUUAUAGGAUCCAGUGCACAAAACAAAGAAAUAUGGUCCUGUUAAUUUAGUAGGACUUCAGUAAGUCAUUUAAAUGAUAGGAUUCUUGUUUAACCAUGAUUAUUAAAUAGUUCUUUCCCCUGCUUCUCUACUCACCCACCAAGAGUACUUAUUUCCAUUAUCUCACCUUCAGAAGUCUUUAGGAAAAGAUGAGAGAAAGAGGAAGAGUGGGUAAGCCAGAAGAAUGUUCUGGAAUGUUUUAUUUACCCAGCACAUGGGGCAUGCAGUGGAAGUUAAAUAGUUCCUCAAAUAAGGCUGAAAUGUCACUUCACUUUUCUUCUUGAGCUCUUGUUGAGCCUUUUCUUCUCAGGCAAGAUUUUGAAGGAUGUAAAGAACCUUACUGCAGCAAGCACUCAGGACACUGGUUUUCCACAGAUCUUCUUGGAUAUGGCACUACUGCUUCCAAGACAGUGUCCAUGAUGAUUUGAUGGAUCCUUUGACACAUGCAGUGCCUUUGGCUGCAGAAUAGCAGAAAUGUCAGGGUAGAAAACCAAUUCACUAGAGCUGCCAGGCUCUGGUCCAAAUCAUGUGAAAAGCAUGAUUUGAACAAAAAAAAUUUUUUUUGGGCCAUUAAACAACAUAUUAAAUACAUCCCAUUUGUGAUUCAAAAACUUUUCCAAAAUAUGCAAAUGAACAGUGUGACUAGAGGGAAGGACCUCUGGCUUAAUGCUGUCUAAGAUAUGGUUUGACAUUCCCCAGGGAAAUAAUGGUGCCCUUAAUGUCAUGGCAACAAUAAAUGACCCUAAAAGGAGAUGGUACUACCUAGUGGCAUUCAAUGAGAGCUCAGGCCGUGUUGGAGAAAUUGAAAAACAACCUUGUGAAUUUAGUUUAGUGUUCUAUACUAGAAGUAUUUCUUUGUAAAGAAAGUAGGAUAGCUUCCAAGUACCCCUGCUUCUCUGCUGUAGGAGUUUGACUCCUGAAAGGACAGGAGCAUGGCUGGGGGGUUCUGGAGAUCUCUUGGAUUCUUGCAGUUCCCCUCAAAUCCUAACUGAAUUCUCCUCCUCAAAUUCAGGGUGAGAAAGUUCUGAAGUCAGUGAAGAGAAAGAAAAAUGAUUGUGUGAUUUGAAAUAAAUCACUGAAAGCCUUCAAAUGGAGAAAAAGAGCAUAUUUAUGUGUUUUGUUUAAAACCCAAUUUUUCUACUGAUGGAAUUAUAUAAUUCUAAGAUCUGACGGAGUGUAUCUUUCAUUGUCAUUGAGUCCUUUGAUUGUAUUAGGAAGUUGACUAAAAUCAUGAGAAAUGUUCCAUAAACUGUAAAUAAAUGGAAGCUACUUUGACUGGA